UACAACCAAGUCAUCGUUAUAAGGCAUCGCCCUCUUUUGCCCACCCCCCCAGCACCAGGUGUGGCCACUAGCCUAUAUGAAGGCCCAAAAUUGUGUGUUCCUUUCUGCUCUGACAAUGGCAUGCCCAUUCGUGCGAGAUGUGGUGGAUGAAGAAGCACUUGUGCUGAGGAGAGCCUUCAGGCGAGAAAGGGUCUUCAGGGACCGGUUGGACCCACUGGCCUUCCCUGAUGACCAUCUAUAUGAAAGAUACAGGUUUUCUGCAGAUGGCAUCAGGUAUCUAUGCAGACUACUGGGUCCCAGGAUUAAGCACCGCACUGCACGGAGCCAUGCACUGAGUGUGGAGCAAAUGGUUUGUGUGGCCUUGCGCUUUUUUGCUAGUGGAGCCUUCCUGUACUCAGUGGGGGAUGCUGAACAAGGCCACAAUUUGCCGCACAAUAAGGAGUGUGUGUCUGGCUAUCAAAGCAUUAGCAGAUGUCUUCAUCUCCUUCCCUGGCCACAGAAGACUCUGUGACAUCAAAGAGGAGUUCUAUAGGAUUGCAGAUGGUCUGCAAUGCUGACUGUGUGAUCAGCAAUGUUGUGGCAAAAUGGCCUGGCUCAGUCCAUGACUCCAGAAUCUUUCGGGCCUCUGAAAUCUAUCAGUGCCUAUCACAAGGUGAAUUCUCUGGUGUGUUGCUGGGAGACAGGGGGUAUGGCUGCCAGCCUUUUCUCCUGACACCUUUCACAGACCCCCAGGAAGCACAGCAGGCCUACAACCAUGCCCAUGCCAGGACCAGGGCCAGAGUUGAAAUGACCUUUGGCCUCCUGAAGGCACACUUUCACUGCCUUCACAAAUUAAGGGUCAGCCCUGUUAGGGCAUGUGAUAUUACUGUGGCUUGUGCUGUCCUCCACAAUGUGGCCUGCCUGAGGAAGGAGAGGGCCCCCAGAGUGCCACCAGCCAUGGACUGGGACAAUCCGGCAAUCUUCCCUGAUGACGACAGUGGUCGGCUGCUGAGGGACCAAUAUGUGUUGAAUUAUUUUAGUUAGUAUGUGUGCUUUCAAUUUUGGUUAAAUAUGUCCUGCGGUGGCAGAGGAAUUUGGGUUUUUUUGGGUUCGUUUUUUUACGAAUUUGGCCUCUUAUGAUGUUUGUGCGGUAUACUGUGUGUAAUACAAGGCUGCAGGGAGGCUACUGCAUCCAUUCAUUUGUCUGUUCAGUUGAUGUGUAUGGAUUUGUCCUGCAUUUAUUUUAGUGUGCAGACAUGCAGGGUGUGUUAUAUACAGACCUUUGAAUGUGUAUGUAUCAUUUUGUAUAAUAUGCUUGGAUUCUGUGCUUUCCAUCUUAUAGAGUCACUGUGACUUCAGUUUCGAAAGGAGCUGAUGGUUUACCUGCUUUGUUUUGUCCUUAUUCAAUAAAGGAACAUAAUGUUACACAUUGUGUUUUUAUAUUCA